GAAAUUUCGAGAUUUCUCAAAUAUAACGAGAGAAGGUUGCUACUUGCUGCAGUCCCUAUAUAGCUAAUGGUGGAUUUAACAGUCUAUAAUAAUUCUAAUCCGGUUUCAGAUGUGUAAGCUUUAUUUGGCAAGAAUGAGUGUAAACGUGUCGUAUCCAGAAAACGGUUGCAAGUACACGUGUCCCAUUAGAAAAUACACCAAAACUCUUAACAGGACGUAAACUGAAGUUUCCAUAGUCUAUCGUUUAGGAAUGACUUUCUGGAACACAAGCAUCACCAUUCUAAAUGACACGAUUACGAACUCCACCUUAUACACUACUGAAAUCACAAAUGUGACCGGUGGAGAAAGCUUACUUUAUCCUGUAUCUUUAGUGAUACCAAUAACUGUAAUUUAUGUUGUAAUAUUUUUUACGGGCAUAAUUGGAAACGUGAGUACAUGUAUCGUCAUAGCGCGAAGCAAGUCGUUACAUACCGCAACGAACUAUUACUUAUUUAGUUUGGCAAUUUCCGACCUUCUCCUGCUAGUUUCAGGACUGCCUCCAGAAAUGUACAGACUAUGGUCGCCAGAAACGUAUGUGUUCGGAGGAGCGUUCUGUAUACUUCAGGGAUUCGCUGCAGAAACCUCGGCGAACGCGACAGUAUUAACAAUAACCGCAUUUACGGUAGAGCGAUAUCUGGCUAUAUGCCAUCCGUUUCUAUCCCAUACAAUGUCUAAGUUAUCUAGAGCAAUCAAAUAUGUAAUUGCAAUUUGGGUAAUUGCAUUGUGCCUUGCUGCCCCUCAAGCAAUGCAAUUCGGAGUGGAAUAUGACAAGUCUGAUGAUGGAGUUGAACGUAGCAGAUGCACGGUGGUCUCAACCGAGUUUUACUUUCAACAUGCGUUUGAAAUAUCGACGUUUGUGUUUUUUGUCGGACCAAUGACUUUAAUAACAGUUUUGUACAUUUUAAUCGGUAUUAAGUUACGUAACGCAAGAACGUUGUCGAUACAAAGGAGUGAAACGUCGUGUAAUGGUAAUGGUCACGCUUCAGUUAUUCCAAGAGUACCUCGAAACACCGCUGCGCAGCAACGGGUCAUUAAGAUGUUGGUUGCUGUUGUGGUCGCAUUUUUUAUCUGCUGGGCACCUUUCCACGCUCAGCGGCUUCUCGCCGUUUAUUUAACGUCAGCAACGCCCGAAGAUCAAGCGACUUUCAUUAAACUGUACAUUGUCCUAAUGUAUACUUCGGGAGUGCUUUAUUUUGUUUCUACUACUGUCAAUCCAGUCUUAUAUCACAUAAUGUCAAAGAAAUUUAGAGAAGCUUUUAAGGCUACAUUUUCACAACUAUGUGGUUCAAGAUCGAGUCGAAGGUUUGAUAGACAUACCUACUCUUCAUUAUUACGUCAACAACAAUCCAUUAAGCAUUUCAGAAAUGCAUCUCCUGAUGCCGAGAACGACUCACCUAAUUUACCGAAUUUCCAUUGUAGAGGUAGAAUUGACUUACAUAAUCGAAACGUGCCGUUGGAGCAGGCCGACCAUCUUUGCGCACCCAACGAACUGACUUUAAGCAGGCCGUGUCACCCCACCUUUCGACCGCGGGUCGCUUCUGACACAAGUCAGGUGACCGUGUUGAGCAACUUAAGUAGAAAAUCGACGGUAAAUGAACGUAAAGCCGAAAGAAUAUUAAUGCAACGAAGUGUUAGUACUGUACACAAACCGCACUUCAUGAAGAACUCAUCCAUCCAGUACCGACGAAAUCAGAAACGAAACAUUUUGACGUAUGGAAUGUUUAGAUUAUUUUCAAAGGAAAAGAGAAGAGAAUGUAGUUCCUUUCUCAGGCAGGGAAGUGUAAUGAGUACGCGUACAACGAACACGAUUAGCAAUUCUAGUUUACAGGAUAUGGACGAGAACGAAUUUAACGCUUCCGACUUGAGUAACUAUAUGGAAGAAAUUAACAAGGAGUUGACAUAGCGUCAUUCUGGAGUUUACUUACACACUAUUGAUGAAUAAUGUCUUGUGUUUGGUAUUUGAGGCACAUAAAUAUGUAUUUACAAUUCAUUUAAUAGUUUAACGCUCCAUUUUGUUCACUUUGUUUAAUUCCUUAGAUAUAUGCAUUUAGGUAUAGGUUAUUAUUUGAACCGGACCACGUUUUAAGUCGAGUAUAGCGUUUGAAUAUUUAAAAUUCCUAAAUAAAUCUUACGUUAGAUUUUU